CAUGCUGUGUGGACGUAUUUUCGCAGUUCACUCCUGAAAAAAAAGUAUCAUAUACUAAUUAAAAUUAAAAUAUUCAAGGGAAGUGAAAAAAUAUAUUUAAUAAAGUAUUUUGUAUUGAAAAAAGAUCCAAAAUUAUUUCAAGAUAACGUUAUAAACAAAAGUAAGAAUUUUUAUCAAUAAAUAUACUGCGUUUCUUAAUAAAAUGAGUACAACGGAUGGCAGCAACGGUACGGGGGGUGGUGGUGCUCCAGGACCAGGAGGUGGCAGUGGUGCAGGACCCGGAGGAGGUUCAAAUGCAACAACACCUACAGGAGAACCCUUAAAAAUUAUAAAAACCCAAUUAAUACCCCAUCCACAUCCAGCAUCUUUACAACAACAACAAUCACAUUCACCAUUGCCUUCACCAACAACAUCAAAUCCAACACCGAUACCUUCUUCUACUUCUACUACUUGUGCCACAACACCCAAUAUUAUUAAUAAUCCACAAAUAGCACAUGUUCAUGCUCCCAUACAAUUGAAAAAUCCCACAAAUGUAACAAAUUUAUUUUCUUUAAAUCCAGUUGCAGCCAAAAUAACGCAUGUUAAAACAACGACCCUUGAGGCAGCCAACAAUGGUGCCCUAACAUUAAGUGGCCUAACUCAAGGGUCGGUUGGUGGUGGUGCAGGUGCUACCGGUACAAUUGUAACAAGUGGUGGUUUGUCUACGGUGGGUGCCAUUAAGAUGGGCAACAGUGGAGCCGUGGCCACUUCUCUAGGCGGCACGCCAAUAUCAUUGAAUACAUCACAAACAAAUACUUCGGGUGCCACAUCCAUACGAGCCAUAGGUGCUGGAGGACAGUCAACGCAAGUCAGAGUUGUUAUGGGCAAUAUAAUGACACCCUCCAUGAUAAAGCAAUUAGAAAAUGCUGGUCCCGGACGCACACAAAUCACAUCAUUUCCCACGGCACCGGCCAGAUCGGUGUCAAAUACUUCAAUAACUGUAACCAGGACAGCAACACAGGCGACGUAUUUACCACGAGCCAGUGUGACAGCCACACAAAUGACCGGAGUAGGUUUAGGUAUGCCAGGUGGUCAACGUUUGGUAACUCCCAUACGUACCACUCCAGCCUCGGUCACCGGUAGCGGUGGGGGAGCCACGGUUACUGGCAUAACAGCAGCGGGAAACUUUGUAAGAGGUACAGCUGUUAGUCGCAAUACUUCGUCACCGGCCACUACAGUCAUAUCGCCUGCUACCAGCACCACCUGGAUGGCCGCUAAUCCUACGGGCCAAGUGCAAUUAAUACGUGCCAUACCACAUCAAUCCCGACAACGUAUAAUCACCACACAGGGUAUUAGUGGUUCUCCCGUUUCGGCAGGUGGCUCGAUAGCUUCUGUCAGUGGUACAGUGGUUACCAGCACCGCCUCAGCUCUACAAUCAGCAGGCAUGGCUGUUCCACAACAAUCCAAUAAUGCCCAACAAAAUCAACAACAAUCCACCAUACAGACCGUUUCUUCUGCUGGCCCCCAACAGCAGCAACAAACCUAUGUUGCCACGGUUCUACCGCCCCGUCAUCAGGCUACCCUAGUCUAUUCCUCCAAUGUUGCCACCUCUCAACCCUUAGGCCAACAACAGCAGCAACAAUUCAAUCAAACAUCGGUGGCCACUACGGGGCCACGUUUUGCCGUUGCCACCCCCUUAACGGGCGGAACUGCUGGCACCGCUGGAGCUCCUCGCCAAAUACGGCCAAUACCUUUUGCUAAAUCAUUUUCGGCAGCCAAAUUAAAUACCACCAGUAUUAGUAUAAGGGCACCCAAUUUAACAUCCACUUUAGCCACUGGCGUCUCAAAUGCGAAUGUCGGCAAUAAUGCCUCCAAUUCACCACGCAGCACCACCGUUACGGGUGUAACAUCAACCGCAAAUGUUUUGCCAUCGACAAAUUUAUCGGCGGCACGUAUAAUACAAUUGCAACAGCAGCCGGGUGGUACGGCUCAGCAGAUAAUUGGUACUACGGGACGUUUGGCGGCAAAUGUUAUGCUGCAGCCAAUUAUUGUGAAUACGUCAGGAACUAAUAAAAUUGGUAUACGUCCCCCCGUAACAAUGGCAGCCAAAGUACAACCUUCUUUAACUAUAACCCAAUUGGGUAUCGGGAAAUUACCCUCUUCGGCGGGCGGAGGACCUUCAACGUUGGGCCAGCAAAAUUUAGGUGGUAUUAAUACCAGUACCGGCAGCAAUUCACCUUCUAUAUCAACAGCCAGCAUAACAGCUACCAAUUUAUCUACAAAUGCCACCACCCAACUGGUAAAUGUUUCCCAGGGUGGCCAGAUAUUGACCACACAAAAUAUAGUGACAUCAAGUGCCGGUGGAACAGCGGCUGGUGGAGCCACUGUAGUGCCCUUGGCCAUAAGCACACGGCAAGCUGGUGUGGCUGGCAAUAUAAUAACCGGUACUAUGACACCCCUAAAGAAUGCAAAUGCCAUAACUGUGGGCAAAGUAAUGACCCAGGCCCAAUUAAACUCCUCAUCAUCAUCGUCCCUGGACAAUAUCAAUAAUUCGAAUACAGCUAAUAAUGCGGGCAGUGCGGGUCCCACAAAUGUAUUCAUACAUCAUGCUCCGGCACCCCAAAGGCCGCACAGCAAUAGCAGUACAAGUAGUAUCAGCAGUCAAGGCAUCAAUACUUCUCAAACGGGCGUUAAUGUUUCAAAUACGGGAGCCACAAAUGUUUUAACCUCCACCGGCAAUGUGGCUACAGGAACAUUUUUACAGCCUGGCAGUACCAUCUACUAUGAAUCUGUACCGGCUAGUUCGGUACAAGUGUCCACUGGAGUAUUAUCACUAACCACCACCACCGUGACCAGCAGUACUAUGUCACAAAAUCAAAUCGCCAGUACGGCCUCUAAUCUUUCGAUCUCUUCGUUGCCAUUUGUCACACACUCUGGAGGACAAUCGACCACAGCCACAUUUACUGUAGUGCCAUCUACUGGAGGUCGUACAAUUGGCCAGCUGCAAAUACCCGUUUCAAAUUCGGGCACACAAAUUCAGGCAGUGCCGGUCAGAUUUAGUCAACUAAAUACUGCCAAUUUGUCUACAGCAGCGGCUGAUGCCAUAGCAGUAUCCCAGGCUACGCCCCAAAUGAUGCAGCAAACCUCAGGCUCCUCAAUGAACGUUGGAGGUGUGGGGGAAACCUCACAAAUUAUCAUACCAGCCUCAGUGGCCCAACAAACGAAUGCUGCAGUUAAUUCUCUAAAUAAUCAACAAACCCAUCAAAUGGUUAUACCUUUGCAAACCUCCAUAAAAGUAACAUCGGGUAAUAAUGCUGGCGCUUCGACAGUGGUCUCCAAUUUCUUGCGCAAACGUGAUGUAGAGGGUUCACCCAUUAGAGCGGCCAAAAAUCUGCAACCUACCCUGUUGUCCAUGGGUACCAGCAGUAUGCUAGCUAACUCUUCUCCCGCCUCCUCGUCAGUGGGAAGUUCGUAUAGUUUAACAUCGGUCACCUCUAGUGCGCUCAAUAAUUCUACAUCAACUUUAACCGUUGAAGCCUUGGCUAAAAAAGAUCGCUCUAAUAAUUUGUACUCUUCAUCCUCCUCAUCAUCCAACCUAAACAACAAUGCCAGCACACCAAAUCUUAUCUCAAACCGCAACUCGAGAGCAGAAUCGCCGGCUUCAUCGGAUGGCAGUACCACAGUAUCGGCCAAUUCGUCACCCGGUGUUGAGCAACAAAUACAAGAUAAUAAUAUGAUUAUCAAUCGUUUGCCCAGUGGUGUGGCCUCGAAUAUCGAUUCUCAUUUUAAUCCCAUAAAUGAGCUUUACUCCAAUCAUCAUUCGGUGCAACCACAACAGCAUCUUAUGCCCGGCACUCCAGUUACCUCACGCAAUUUAACAGCGCUGGAACACCACAAUUUGCAUCAGCAGCAGCAGCAACAUCAGCAUCAUGGUGCCGCCACACAGCCUCCCAUAACCAUACAACAGCGUCUUAAUGGUGGCUCGCUGGAUUGCCCACUGCGUAAAAAGUCCAGGCGAUCAACCAAUGAUAGUCAAUUGUCCACACAAAGUCAAACAUCUUUAAGUUUACCACCUCCCCAAGCCAAUAAUAGUGGUGCUGCUACUGUUACGAAUCCUCUUCCCUCUACCUUAACGCAAGAGCCCAAUAUCAUGGCAAAUGGUACAAAUGCAGUUAAUGUUAAUGUUGCUGGACAUGAAGUUGUCAACGGCAAGGAAAACACCAAACCGGUUGAAUUUGUACUUAAACGUCCCAAAAAUUGUACCCUUAUGCAUACUUACAAACAAUCCUGGAAAUCAGCCUAUAAUCAUUUUCAACGUUAUUCGGAUAUCAAGCCACGUGAGGAAAGGCGACCAACCAUCAUGGAUUUGGCGAAUCAAUCAAAUGUUUUAGGCAAAAUAAACGGCUGGAAAAUUUAUCAUUUGAAGUCACAAAUGGAAGAUUUGUGUGAAAAUGAAUCAUUGGGUUAUGAAAAACUAUCAUCGAUGUUAAAACAAAUGGAAUCGACUGGCAUAACAACUGAAACCGAACGUAUUAGUGAUUUAUUAAAGGGCAACAUGCAACGUAGUAAAAUUAUUGUGGAUGGUGUUAGUGAUGCCCAAAAUCAAAUAAUGAAAAUUUUCGAACACAAAUCCCAUGUCUCGGAUAUUAUUAAUAGAUGUGCAUCGAAACGUAACUAUAAAAAACGAGAUAAAGUUUAAAUUGGAGCCGCCGCAACCCCCAAAUCCAAGCAUUUCUUAAAACUUUCUCAAAAAAAAAAGCUUGCUCAAAAAUUAAUACAUUUUUGUUUCAAUAAUUCAUGCAUAGUAGUGUAAAAAGUUUUCUUUUAGUUUUCUGUUUUAUUUGUAAAUUAAGGCUAAUAAAUAUAUAUUUAUAUAUAUAGAAGAGAGAGCAAUCAUAGAUCGCCCUUUUAAGACUUUAAAGCUUCUUGUUAUAUUAUGUUUAAAAUAUACAUAAAUACAUGCAUACAUAUUUUCCUUUGUUGACUUUUAUCAAAAAUAAAACAUUUACUUCUCACAUGUUUAACUAACUAAUUAAGUUUAUAAUUGCAUUGCCUACAUAAUAAAAUAUAUAAAAACAUUGUGAAUAGUUUCGUUUUAAAAUUGAUAUUUCAACAAGAGCUUUAGCUUAAGCUUUUUUAUGUAAUAAUUAAUUAUUAUUAAUUCAUUGUAAGUUUUAAUUUAAUUAAGAAAAAGAUAAAACAAAUAUUUUUUUAAUUUAUAGAUGAAAAAGAAAAAUACAAUAAUAUUUAAGAGGAAAAAAAAAACAAAACUAUAUAAAAUUAUGGAAAAAAUAUAAAAGAAUAUUUAAAUGAAA